UAUUGAAUUUUUUCAUGCCUGACCAAAAAAUUGAGCUCUUGGAAACCGCGUGGAAUGGACUAAACUGAACCCGUUGGGCACGGAUAUCCUCGACGAAAGAGAAAGAGAACGUAACAACGGAGUAUUAACGCAGCUGAACCUGCAGCAAAGAACCUCUUAGGUGCACACAAGAAUACAACUGAUCAUCACUGGACCGAGUACAGCGCUCACUCAAGUGAUUAAAAUUUAUUACAUACGCAUAUUCUUUUCCCUCGAAUCGAAAAUCUGCUUAGUGUUUCACUGCUGCCGGCGCAGAACUUCUAAGAAAUCCAGUUGAAGCCGUAUAAUGUACACAACCUCGGAAUACUCGAUGAAAACAAUGGGCUUGAUUGCAAAUUUGCUUUGCCUCUUCCUUGUUGUUGAUGCGUCGCAUGAAAACCGAGGAGGAAAAAUCGACGCUUUGGCCGACAAAGUCAACUUAAGCGACAAUUAUGUCGUUGAAUGGCGCAUUAAUGAAAAGGCAUCUAGCGUGGAGUUCAAAAUCAACGUUAUGGUCGACGAUAAAGGUUGGGUUUUGCUAGGAUUUAUGGAUGUGCCGAAAAAUCAAUCUGCGGCCAAAAGUAAGCCGGGAAGCAUAAAAGAUUCUCGCGGAGAUUUUGUGAUCACUUGGCCGACCUCUGCACCAAAGGAGAGGACCACAGUGGACGCGAAUACAAUGGAAAAACCUGGUGAAUUGGAGAAGGAUGAAAAUUCUACUCUGGAUUAUCAAGUGACAUUGGAUCAAACAACUACAAACAAAUCAAGAGGGUUGGUUCUCAAAAUUACAAGGAAACUGGAGACUGGCGACCCUCAAGAUGUGCCCAUCACUGAGCAGCCCUUGUGGAUGUUUGGGGCAUAUGGAAAUUCAGAUGCUUAUCUAACAGACCUUUCCAACGUCACUAACAUUGACGACACUCUGAAAGUUAAGGAGGUUAUCAUCAUGAAAAAUAGCAGGAAUAAAGAUAAUGGCAAAUCAUUUUGGAAAGAUCAAGUGGAGAAGCACUGGAUUUCUGUUGUGUUAGCAGUAUCUGGAAUUCUCACAUUUGUUAUUAUUGGAGCAGUUUACUGCUGCUUUAGAAAGGGAAGUAGAGAUUUCCGUGGAAAGAAAGUCAAAAUGAAUUUCUACAAAGAAGAUGAAGAUGAUGAGGCUCGUGUUGCUUUCCUCCAGUCACGCACCUAAUGAUCGAUAAGAAGCAGAGUAAGAAUACAUUGACCAAUGAUUGCCUUGACAGUUCCCCUCCAGCUUACAGUAGACAACUUUGCCUUCUCAUUAACAGUAUUCAGAUCAGAGAGAAGAGGCUGCAAGGCGUAGAAACAAAAUUUAAAAGGCAUUGUACCUUUUAACUUUAUCUAGAGGAGCCAUAUUUGUACAAGAGUAGUGACCGUCAUUUGCAACUUCUCUCCCUUUAAGAUCUUGUCCUGUUCUUAAGGGAAAAAAUAACUUUGCCUGGUGACAAAUAUUUGGUAGUUUUAGAGUAUGUUAAGCAUAAAAUACCUUUGAUAAUAGAAGACUGCAGUUUUUUGCUGUAUAUUUUACUACUUGAGGAAAUUAGGUCAAAGCAGAAGUGUUUAAAAGUUUGAAAACCUGCCUUCUUAUUUUCUCAACCAUCAAGUUUACUAGCAUCUUUUGAAAGAACAAAAAAUAACUAUCAUGAGAGUAAAACCACUUGAAGAGCAGUCAAUUGUGAAUGCCUUUUCCAGUCCAGUCCAGUGACCUAAUCUUUAUCACUUCGAUCAAUCCCUCCAUCCAAACAAUUCCAUAAUAUUGUAAGAAGUAAGAAUAUUUUCAAUGACUGUAUAUGAAGCAGCCAUCAUUGUAAUAGAAAGUAACAUGGUUGGUUGUUUAAUAUCUUAAGAUGAUAAAUAGAUUACUAGUACAACCAAUAGUUUUCACAACCUUUCAUAAAAACUUCAGGGUAAAGAGGGCUUUAAUUAAGGAAAACCAUAACAAAAAACAAAACACAUUAAAGAAAAAAUUUUAAAAGGUAGCCUCAUUUUAUUGAAUAUAAUGCUUUUUGUAAGAGUUAUGGAGUGGUGAGAUUCAUCUUCACAGUCUUGUAACAUUCAAUCCAUGGUUAUUGCUAAGACAAAGACUUCUUUUCUUUUAAACUUUUCAAUUCUAUUUGUAACUUUUUUAUUGCUUUUAGUCUGCUGCUUUUAAAAAACUUGGUAGAAUAGCAAAUAAAUGUUUCAGCAAGGCAUGCACUCUAAUUUACAGUUAUUUAGUAAGUGCUAAGUUAUAUAAAAUGUCUUUGAAAUACUUGUGUGUACAUUUAUAAAACCAAUCAUGGUUGGACAAAAUCUUUGAAAUCUGUUUGGUAAAUAAUAAA